GAGCAGCGUGAGCAGUACCAGACUAUGCUCAAGGAGCACAAAGAAGUGCAACAAGCCACCCUGGAGGCAGCGAUGCGAGAGCAGGCCCAGACCUUGCAGGAGCAUCGUGAGCGAUACCAGGGUAUGCUCGAGGAGCACAAAGAAGUGCAAAACGCCACCCUGGAG